AUGAGGGUCUACGAACUAGAAGAUACACAAUCACCCGGAUCGGAGAAGGAAAAUGGAAGAGAGCUAGCAAGAUUCAUUGUACUCUACGCUAAAGCUUCUAGCAGAAAACAUAAGAAAUGGGAGGGAGAUGGAGUUCUUAUCUGUUACACUAGGGUCGCUAUUUUAAAAUCUGAGGAUGAACGUGAGAUCAUUUCAAGGUCAACUUCUAUUAAGAAUAUCGAUUUCUUAGAAGACGGGAAGGUAAUAAUGGUUGGAGGGCUUGAAGUUCAAAUUCAAGAGAAGGUUGACUCACCUUCCGAAACUGUUGUUAAAAAUACAAAUGAUAAUCCAAUCUGUACUCCGAUUUCUAAACCGAUGAAAAGAACGGCGUCAACUGAAUCGAAGUUGGGACCACUGAUAAAACGCCCACUCCCUUUCACUAAUGGAUCGAAAAAAGGUUUUGUGUGUCCUGUUGUGGGCUGGGAUGCCGGACAGGAGAAGACACAGGCUUACGUUUUGAAUGCUAGUGAAGUAUCCAAAGGCGCUACUGCGGUCACCGUUGAUCCACUUAUAAGUCGAUUUUUGAGAAAACAUCAGCAGGAAGGUGUUCAGUUCAUCUAUGACCGACUCAAAAACGAUGGCGGUGGCUGUAUUCUGGCCGAUGAUAUGGGACUGGGAAAGAGUAUUCAAACUAUUGCAUCUACUUGGUCAGUUUUGAAAAGUCAAGGAAAAAAGGGGAUGGGUGUUCAGAAAUGUUUAAUCGUUGUUCCAUCUUCGCUUGUGAAUAACUGGAAAGCGGAGUUUAGGAAAUGGUUCAAGACAACUUGUGUCCCGGUUAAAAUUAUUACUAAAGUGCACGAUAUAAAUGUUUAUUCUUCCUCCUACAAAUGUAAUCCUUACAUGAUCAUGAGUUAUGAAAUGGCUGCCAGGUAUGCAGAAAAACUUAUUCCAAUACGGUUUGAUAUAAUGGUAUGUGAUGAGGCUCAUCGUUUGAAGAAUAUGAAAGGAAAGCUGAGAGAAUCCCUGUUAUCACUUUGUGUCACCAGACGUCUCCUUUUGACUGGCACCCCAUUACAAAAUGAUUUGGAGGAAUUUUUCUCGAUCCUUGAUUUCGCUUGCCCAUCAAAGUUUGGUACGUCAUCAGAAUUCAAGAAAAUGUGUAAUGAAAGUGACCCAAGGUUGAACGAGCUAAUAGAAGACACAAUACUGAGAAGAUCUUCAGAUAUAAACAAGGAUCACUUGCCAGACAAACAUGAAUACGUUAUGUUCUGUGCUCCUUCUAAUAUCCAGAAAAAAGUUUUUAUGGCGUUAUGCGAUCAUAUGACUGGAGACCCGUUAGUUUUGAUGGAUUUAAUGAGGAAGCUAGCCAAUCAUCCAGCUCUCCUAUACAAGAAAAUAACGAGCACAGAAAAGGAUAUGUCAAAAUAUGCCGUAAUUACAUCCGCUUUCCCGAAAGAGUUCGGCUCUCGCCCAGCUUCAAUUACUGACUCAGGAAAGCUUAGUGUUCUUCUCGAAAUGCUUGGUUGCUUCCGCAAGUUGAAUGAGUGUUGUGUUGUAGUCUCAAACUACACCAAGACUUUGGAUAUGAUUGAAGGGUUGUGUCAGUCAAUAGGUCUGACUGUAUUAAGGCUCGACGGCUCUGUUGCUCUAGCAGAAAGACAGAAACUUGUGAACGUUUUCAACACUGAAAGAAAUCCUAACUAUGUUUUUCUUCUCAGCUCAAAAGCUGGUGGAGUUGGCUUAAACUUGAUAGCUGCAUCUCGACUAAUUCUUUUUGAUUCUGAUUGGAAUCCGGCCUGCGAUCUUCAGGCCAUGGCAAGAAUAUGGAGAGACGGUCAAACGCGAGCAUGUCACAUAUAUCGUUUAGCCACGACGGGUACAAUUGAUGAAAAAAUACUUCAACGUCAAAUCAAGAAAACGGGUUUAACUGCUGUGCUAGAUCUAUCCGAGCAAAGUAGUUCUGGAAACGUUACGUUUAGCGAUGAAGAUCUGUAUGAUAUCUUUAAUAUUGUGGAAACGAAAUGCAAUACACACGAUUUGUUAGAUUGCUUUUGUGGAGGAAAUGGAUUACUACCAGGAGAACUAGAAGAUGACAUUGAUGAAGAGGAGGAUGAGAAUGAAGAACCAUCUGAAUCUGAAACAUCAGACGACAUCUUUGACGAAAAUAACUGCAGUGAUGCCGGUGAAGUAGUUGACAACGCAGAGAAGGCUGACGACUCGGAGGCAUCUAUGGCAGAGCUCUUCCGUUGGAGGCAUUUCUCCCCCGAAAAUGCUGAAACUUGGAACAUGUUCUGUAAUCAAGCCGGUGAUGAACGAUAUCGUGAAGGAACUAUAGCGGUGUGCGUAUUGGUCAAUGGAUGCAACAUGGUCGUAAUGUUUGCGAGCACUCUGACCAUCGCGGUUCCAUGGUGUAGCGGCAUGUCUGCCUUAGGUCCAAUAGCUGGAGUCCUAGGAGGAUGCAUGGGUUGUAUGGUUGUAGUAGAAAAUAUAGCAAAGCAGCAACCAUCGGCGAUGAAUUUGAUGACCUUUGCCACUUUCUUAUUUACUGCAGUUCAUGGACUCAUAUUCACAUCAAAGUUCUUAACUGUUAGAAACAAAAUACCGUUGAAAGGCUAUAUCCCAACGGUUAUAACUUUCUUCACUGUGAACGUUAUUAAUAAUCAAGCUCUGAACUUCCAUGUUCCAGUACCAUUGCACAUUAUUUUCCGAUCUGGUUCUCUAUUGGCAAAUAUGGUUUUGGCCCUGUGUCUAGGAAAACGAUAUAAUACAAGAAAAUAUCUUGCUGUAUUAGCCAUAACUGUAGGAAUAAUCAUAUGUACAUUGGCUUCAAACGGUGUGGAGAAAGACUCUGGAAUCUCAAUGGAAGAAGCCUCUAAGCAUUACCAGGAAUGGAUGAUAGGGAUCGGAAUGCUCACCUUUGCAUUGAUUGCUUCUGCUUAUUUAGCUAUCGCCCAAGAGCAGAUGUACAAAGAUUAUGGAAAACAUCCAACAGAGGCUAUGUUUGUUAUUCAUGCUGUAUCUCUUCCUUUCUUCCUGUUAAUGGGUUCAGAUAUUGCAUCUUCCGCCGCUACGUUUACUGCUUCUGCUCCAUUCUCUCUAUUAGGAAUAAACUUCCCCAUAUCAGCUCUUUGGGUAAAUUUAGUUUUGAGCUGCUUUUUACAAUAUUUUUGCAUUAGAUUUGUGUAUGAACUGAACUCACGGGUUGAUGCUCUUACAGUUACUUUGGUAGUUACCUUAAGGAAAUUCCUUUCUUUGAUUGUUUCCAUCUGGUGGUUCCAAAACCCGUUCACUGAACAACAUUGGGUUGGAGCUAUUUUAGUUUUUGUAGGAACUUUAGCCUUCGCUGACAUUUGGGGAACCAAGGCUGCUAGCAAAGAUGAUAAGAAAAAGAAACAAUAA